CUUGUGUUGUGGAGGAGGAUGGGGUAUUAUUAUCUUCCAGCUACCCACCCUGCUAUAAAAACUAGUGGUGCGACAUCUCCACAGCGCAGUGCUGCUGCCCUCCCUCCCUUCCUCUCACUCGCUCGCUCGUCCUACAUGAGCCACACACAACAGUGUGCUUGACUCUUAACUCCACACUAGCCACUCUGCUACAAAGACAGACCUAAGAAUCACACUCUGCUCUCCUCUGUUGGGCUGCUUUUGCUACUCUCCAUUGGAUUUUCCUCCCUGGGUGUUUUUUUUAUUUUUUUUUUAUUUUUGUGAAUGGACAUCCGUGGCUGGUGUGGGGAGCUUGUGAAUGGACUGACUGCCUGCCUGGCUGAUUGACAGACUGGCAAAGAGAGAGGCAGCUGUGUUUCAAUUAAAAAGGGCAAUGCUGAGAGGUCAAGCGAGAAGCAACAGAGCCUCUUCGUAGUCUGGAAAUACAAACACACGUGAGGGGAAUCGUGAAACUGAAGCUAGCCAACAGAGGCAGAGGGAGGAGAAUGGUUCAUCACAGAGAAGAGGACCUGAUUGGGAUCCCCUUCCCAAAUCACAGCAGUGAUGUCCUCUGCAGCCUCAAUGAGCAGCGUCGUGACGGGCUGCUCUGCGAUGUCAUCCUCAUCGUCCAGGACCAGGAGUACCGCACCCACCGCUCCGUUCUGGCCGCCUGCAGUCAGUACUUCAAGAAGCUCUUCACAGUGGCCACCACUGACGGCGGGGAUCACCAUCACACAGCGGCCGUUUACGAAAUCGACUUUGUGGCUCCGGAGUCUCUCACAGCCAUCCUGGAGUUUGCCUACACUUCUACUCUGACCGUGACAGCAUCCAACGUUAAAGAGAUCCUGAACGCAGCUCAGAUGCUGGAGAUUCCCUGCAUCAUCAACGUUUGCCUGGAGAUCAUGGACAGCGGGGGUGGAGGUGGCGGAGGAGGGAGAGCAGAGGAGGGAGAAGAGGAUGAAGAGGAAGAGGAGGAGGAUGAGGAGGAGGAAGAAGAGGAGGAGGAUGAAGAGGAGGACUUGGGGUCCAGGAAGGACGAGCAGGAGGAGGAGGAGGACAAUGUCAGCGAGAGGUCACUGCAGUCGUCGGAGAGCAGGGGGGAGCAGACGCCUCCGGGAACGGAGGACUCGCCGCCUCCCAGCACCUCCACGUACCACCAGCAGUUUGACCUGCACAGAGAGUCGUCCCAUUCGCAGUCUCCAGACACCAUGAGAGGAAAACAGGAGAGUAUGGAGAGUCGGGCUUUGAAGGAUUUUUCCAUCGAGUCUCUCCUCCAGGAGGGGCUGUACCCCCGUAUCUCAACACUGGACAGGAGGGCCAACUUUUCUCCUCUCCUCCCAGGCUUCUACCCCUCCAUGUGGGCUACAGAGUUCCCGGCCUUCCCCAAGCAGCUCCUGGACCCCAGCCACCACCAGCAUCCCCACGCAGGAGCCUCCCCGCAAACCAGGCUCCCCCACGCCUUCCCCACAUCUGCACCGCUUGAGGCCUCCAGGCCCCUCGAUCUAGCUGUGAAAAGAGAGAUCAUAAAGGAGGAGAUGAAAGAGGAAGUCCCGCUCAGUCUGCUCCAUGGCAACUUCCUGAAAGAGUUUGUCAGCUCAGGCUUGGGCAGCACCAUGAACGCUGGGUCAGUGCCGUCAGAAGGUCACGCUCUGGGUUCGAUAAAGGAUGAAGCCGACUUCCGGUCGUACCUGAGCUUCCUGAGCUCUGCAUCCCACCUGGGGGCGCUGUUCCCUCCCUGGCAGCUGGAGGAGGAGAGGAAGAUGAAGCCCAAAGCAUCGCAGCAGUGUCCAAUCUGCAACAAGGUCAUCCAAGGAGCUGGGAAACUGCCGCGACACAUGAGGACGCAUACAGGAGAGAAACCGUACAUGUGCACUAUCUGUGAAGUAAGAUUCACCAGACAAGACAAACUUAAGAUCCACAUGAGGAAGCACACAGGUGAGCGCCCCUACAUCUGCCUCCACUGCAACUCCAAGUUUGUCCACAACUACGACCUGAAGAACCACCUGCGCAUUCACACGGGUGUCCGCCCAUACCAGUGCGAGCACUGCUACAAAAGUUUCACACGAUCUGAUCACCUACAUCGACACAUCAAGAGACAGAGCUGCCGCAUCUCCCGCCCUCGGCGAGGACGAAAGCCAGCUGCUUGGCGGUCCACACCCACCAGCAACUUCCUGUGCCCCCCCACUGCUGCCACCAACCGGUUUGAAGAGAACGGGUUAAGCCCUGCAUACCAGGGAGUCAAGAGUCAUGGACUUGGGGAGAUGCUUGGACUCGGCAACAGGGGCCUGGGAUUUAAGAGUGGGGACGGUGCGGGCAGGGAGAGCAGGGAGGAACGGCGAGCAGAGGGGAAGCAAGUCGCAGAGGAGGAGAAGGCAGGAGCAGGGAGGCAGAGGGGAGUGUUUGCCUUUGCCCUGGCUGGAGAAGAAGUGCUUACCCACGCUCCAUUUUAUGCUGCAACCUCUGACCCCUGGACCAUGAGACUGGAGCGUGCUCCACCCAUUCCUGAGCCAGCCAAAUGAACUGUGGUCUGUAGAAGAAAAAAACAACAACAACAACAAGAAAGAAAGUCUCUUUAAUCUCUCUGUCUGUUCUGGUCCAGGAAUCUAAAUCACCUUUUAAAAAAGUGAAAGAGUGAGAUCAAUGAACCUUUUGAAGCCUGCUGAUGUGGCAGUAGUAAAACAAACAUUUAUUUUUUUUGAAAACACAGUCUAAUUAAAUAAUUUCACAGAUGUCUCGUUGAAUAAUUGUUUCAGCCCUGUGAAUGUUUACGAAUAUUUUAAUAGCAUUUAAGAAGAGACAGUUUGACACUGCCAAUGAGGAAAACAUAUCGCAAUGCUGUUAUAUAUAUUAUUUGCAUUAUUUAUCUACAAGGUUGUCUAAAAUGCUAUGAAUUAAAAAACUACAUAAUUCUGCAAUGUCCUCUGAAGCAAGAUGAGAUAAGGCUUUUAUACUGAUAAGUAUUCAUAUGCAAGAAAAUAUAAAUCUACACAGAGCAGGACCUAUGGUAAUUGUUACAAUGUUGAAUUAGUGACUAUGAUGAAUGUAAAACAAAUGAUUACAUGUACAAAAAUAAUCAAAAAUAUAUUGUAGACAAAGGUUAUCAUAACAUUUUAGUCUCAUAAUGAAAGGGAAGUGGAGUAGACAUGAAUAGAAUAAAGUUUAAAUACAUAAAUAAAUAAGCCUUCAUCCAAACAAAUCACAGUGACUUUUAUUUUGGAAACUUGUGUUUAGGUGUUAAAAAAGCACCAGUGCUUUUAAAAAAAAUUGAAAUGGUUUAUUACAGCAGGGCGUAGUCUGGCACAUGUCCUGCAAGUAUGUUUGAUUUAAACAUGGUUAUUUAAUAAUAUUCCAAAACAAAGGGAACCCACUUGAAGUCUAAUAAAUCAGGAUAUUUGAUAAUGUGUUAUUAUCCUUCCACUGCCGUGUUCUGAUUUAAGCUCCUCGUCUGCACUAUUGUACAUAGACACAAACUUUUUGACCAUGGUGGUGUUAAUUACGGUUGUGUUGCUAAUAAUGUAAAAAAAUAUAUUGCUCUUAAAAGACUUUGAGGCAUCCAUCCAAAGAUGUGUACUUUGUUAUUUCACAGACUUGAAUAAGACUUUGUUUUAAUGUUGAUGAAUAUGUGUCUUCAGAGGAUGUAUAUUUCUUACUAAUCACCUGUCGCUUUAGCUAUACAGUAUGCUUGUGUUUUUUUUCUGCUGCAACAAAUCAAGAGGGUUUCUGCCCCAUUUUUCAUAUAAUGUUCAUCUCUGAUUUGUGUAUAAAGAAGUUAAAAAUGAUUUGAAUUGAAAUGGGAAAGUAUUUUCUUGCUAUUUAUGCGUAUUUAAAUGAAUGAGCCUUGGCUAUAUUUUGCAAAUCUGUUUUAUAAAGACACUAAAUGUUGAA